AUGCCGGCCGGAGCAGCCAAUUCCGUGGCGCGGCUGCGGCCCUUCUGCCUGCCGGUGAUGCUGCAGGUCGCCCUCAGCUCGCUCAUCCCCCUCGCCUUCCCCGAUGUCUGGCGCACUCUCCGCUUCUGGGACCGCCUUAUGCCCAUCUACCUGGGGUACAUGAAGACAAAGCUCGCAGUGCGCAAGAAGCCCAUUGAGGUUCGCCACGAGAAGUGGGCCGUGCGCCACGAGUGGGGCGGCAAGCUCGUGCACGACCUGGUGCUGCGUCUCAGCGGCCUCUACGUCAAGUCGGCACAAAUCCUUGCCUCCAAAUCGGACUUCAUGCCAGCAGCGUGGGUGCGGCGCCUCUCAGCCCUGUUUGACAACGUGCCCCCCCGCCCCUACUCGCAAGUCAUCCGCUCCAUCCAAUGCGAGCUCGCCAUCUGUCCUCCUCCCGGCCCCUCCACCACCCCCGCUCUCCUCCCUCCUCCUCCUGUUGCUGCCCCUACUUCCCCCCUUGCUGUUGCCAAUGGUGAUGCCUCUGCUGCUGCUGAUGCUGCUGUUGCUCCUCCUCCUCCUGCUGCUGCCACCGCCGCCGCCGAUGCUCUAAAUGGUGAAGCUCCCUCCGCCAAGCCCACUACAGACGACAAGGCAGCCAGUCAAAGCAAGUCAACGCAGGUCAAGCGCCGUGCACUGCUGGUAGCAGACAUGUUUGAGAGCAUAGACGAGGAGUCUCUCGCCUCUGCCUCCAUAGCCCAGGCGCAUGCAGCCGUGCUCCUGCACCCGCUCCCUGACAACCACCCCACUGACCCCACCAAGGUGCUGCCUAUCCUGCCGCACCUCACGAGUAAAGAGAGGGACGCCCUUGGGAUUGCCGCGGAGUGCACUGAGGCGUGUUUUCUGGCGAAGACGGAUCGGCUGUGGGUGAAGCCGCUGUUCCAGUCGGCUUUCCAAGCACCGGCUGUAGAGACAGCAGAUGCAGCGGCGGCAGAUGCAGGUUCAGCAGCAGCGACAGGGGAAGAUCCAGCAGGAGCGGCAGCAGGUGCUGUGAAUCCGCUGCAGGUUGUAGCAGCACCAGCGGCUGCAGUGGCAGCAGAAACACCAGCAGCGGCAGCAGCUGCUUCUGCUGUGACCUCCGCCCCUGCAAUAGCUGCAAUGAAUGCAGUAGGUGCGAGCAGCAGUCCAGCCACAAGGAGAACCGUGCCUGGGGUGAUAUCCCGCCUGGUGCCUCUGGACCGCAAGCCAAUCGGAGUCAUGACUGCCGAUGGCACCAUCAAACCCAUCUCCCCUGCCGGCCCUGCCCUACCUUCGCCUUCUUCUGGUGUUGCAGCAGGGGAAACAGGCGCAGCAGGAGCAGCAGGGGCAACAGCAGGAGCCAUGCUGAAGCGGCCUAUCCCUCCGCGGCUGGCCAAUGACAGGACGGAAGAGGGUGAGCGGGAGGAGGAAGGCGAGGAGGAGCAGUUCUUCGAUGGGGAGGGAGGGGAGAGCGGGGAGAGUGGGGACGAGAGGGACGAUUUCUUUGACGCGCAUUCCGAGGCCUCUGAACUCGGUGCUGAUGUGGCGAGCGGUGGCCACGUGGCAGCGUGUGAGGGACGAGAGGGAGGGACCGGAGGAGCAGCGGAACGGGGAGCCGAUGAGGAGGGAGGCAGCGAGGAGGAGAAAACGAAGGAGAAGGAGCGGGAGAGGGAGAGGGAGAGAGUGCGGUGCAGAGCGGUGGUGGUGAAGGUGCAGCACCUGGGCAUGGAUAUCAUCAUGCGCUCUGACCUAAGAAACAUCGGCCGCGUGGCUGAAUUCCUCUCGCCCCAGCUGCCCUUCGACCUGCGCAAUAUAGUGAAGGAGAUACAGCAGACGAUUCCCAACGAGUUCAACUUUCACAGGGAGGCCGCCUUCAUGACCACCGUGCGCCACAACCUCGCCUGCAGGGGCUUCCACCAAGUCGUCUGCCCCACGCCCGUGCUGAGUCUCUGCACACGGCGCAUGAUCGUCAUGGAGAGGCUGUACGGGACACCAUUCACCAAGUUAAUCGACUCCCUACACCCGUACAAAGAUUCCUCCCUCCUCCCUCCUCCUCUUGCCGCCACGCGCCUAGAAGCAAUCUCAGCCGUCCGAUCCCUCCUCGAAUCCUACGGUGCCAUGUUCUUCCUGGACGGUGUUUUCCACGCCGACCCGCACCCAGGAAACCUUUUGCUGCUGCCCGGCGCCAAGCUCGGGCUGCUGGAUUUCGGGCAGUCGAAAGUUUUGGAGCGGCAGACGAAACGUUCGUUUGCCCGGAUGGUGGUGGCCCUGUGUAAGGGUAACCAGCUUGAAAUCGCCCUUGCUCUGCUGGGAACAGGGAUAUCGUUUGGGGGGGAGGCUGACUGGACUACCUUCUUUUCAAAACCAGGGGAGGGGUCGACAGGGGCGAGAGCAGCAGGAGGGGCAGAGGAGAGUGGGAAGGGCGGGAAGGGGGGCGGCGGGGCAGCGGAAGUGGAGCCAAUGAUGAACGGGCACGUGUCAGAGAGUGCGCAAUGUAACGGCCUGGCAACAGUCAAUAGUGUGGCUGCUCCUGCUCCUGCUCCUGCUCCUGCUCCUGCUCCUGCUGCUCCUGCUCCUGCAGGGCUGGGCCUUGGAGGAACUGUGUCUGCUGCAGUGCUGGCUGCUGUGGUGGCAUUCACAGAAAAAGCCCCUCCUGACGACUCCCCUGCUGCUGCCACCACUGCUGCUGCUGCUCCUGCUGCUGCUGCUGGUGUGAGUGAGAAGGGAGGGGAGGAGAGCAGUAGCAGCAAGGCAGGUGCGGGGAGGGGAGAAUCUGAUGGGGAGUCAGCGGUAGCAACGCUGCUGAAGGAGGUGGGGCCGGCCGGGCUGCUGGCAGCAGCAACGCCACAGAGGCUGCAGACGGUGCAGACGCUCUCGUAUCUCAUGUUUGACACGCGCCCCAUGGCUGAGGCCCAGACUUCCCCUCUUGCUCAGGAGUCUGGGCUGCAGACGGUGCAGACGCUGUCGUAUCUCAUGUUUGACACGCGCCCCAUGGCUGAGGCCCAGACUUCCCCUCUUGCUCAGGAGUCCGUGCUUCAGAAGGCUCCCCUCAAGGCUUUCAACCAGUCCUACUGGCUGGUGAGUGGCUGGGGAAAGGAGAAGUGA